AUUUGAGUGAGAGACACAUUUCGGCCUCACACUCACACCACACCUCUGUCUUUCUGAGUGUUUCCAUCAAGGCCUUCACACCUCAAAACACCGCCAGUCGAUAUGUCGCUUUUCGUCUUGACAUCGAUCCAUCCCUACCACACCCUCGUACGUAUCCUCUCCCAGCCACCUGCCUGCCUGCCUGCCUGCCUGUGCACCCACCCACCCACCCACCCACAUACACCGAGCUAGUCAGUCAGAUCUGUCCCUCGAGCAGCCUCGACAAAGCACCCGUCAACACGGUCACCCUCGACGCCAGCUCAGGCUCACCCCCACCUCCAGCCCCCACUCCCGCUGCCAUCAAGCCACUGCCGUCGUACACUUCGCCCUCCGGCACACGAAUGCUCCCGUUCAGGCUAUCACGCACCUCCCGCAUCCGUCUCUUCGAAUCGUCGCUCCGCUCGGCCAGCGCCAGACUGCCCACCAUGUGGCUGCGGAAGACGAUCGACGCAACCACCACCUCCAAAAGUUGCAGCGCCCUGCCGUUGAAGUCGCUCAGGUGUGUGGCGAGCAUCCGCACCACCAGCAGGAGCAGAUUGGAGUAGCCGUCGUCGAGCUGACGGGGGACAGACGGGGAGGAGGUGGCCAAGAGGAUGGUGAAAAAGGCGCCGACAAGCGCGAGGGACGACGGCCGACAUGCAGAUGCGCCGAUAUCGUUAGGGAGGGAGAUGUUGGGCUGGUCCAUAUCGAGGCCGAAGGAAGACAGCAGACGCUCUGAAUGAAUGAAUGAAAUGAAUGGCAAUAGCAAACAUACCAACACAUGUUUUGCGGCUGCGUGUGCGUGCUCACCGUCGAGCAGUUUUCCGAGCAGCUGAUCGACCGUGCCUGCAUCAGACCCUGCCAUGUCGAUGAUCUGUUUCACCGACGCGCCAGAAGGGGGCGGUGGCGGCAGGUCCUCCAGACACGCCUUGACGACGGCCAGCGCCACCUCCUCGCUGCCGGCACCGCAAGCCACAAGCCGAUCGCCUCUCUCUCUGAUCUGUUGGUCGACUUUUUCCUCCCCCCACAGUCUGUGGAACGGUGUGGGUAUCAGAGACGUGACGAACAGAUGCAGGAACAGCAGGCCGGACGCCGAGGGUGCUGAUGCUGCCGUGUCGGCGCUGCUGGUGGUGCUGCUGCUGGUGCCGUCAGGCAGGAUACGAGUGAGGGGCAGUGCGACGUUUUGCACCGCUUCAAGGGCCUGACACACACACACACAGAGAGAGGGAAAGGGAUAUAUGGCGCAUAGGUGUGAGUGAGACACGUGUGCAUGCGUGCAUGCUCAUGCCUACUUCCUCGGCUGAUCGCACUUGCGGCAUCGCUGGACACCGCGCCAGCGCCCGGGCAGCCACCCGCAGCAGCGACCAGUGGCGGUCCAGUGGCUCAAUGCCGCCACCACCCCCACCAUCAAUCAAACUCUGGCCGUCUUUGUGCAGGAUGGUCAUCACAAACUGCAGCCGGGCCUCCAUCGGCAGCGCGCUGCAGACGGGGAUGCCCACAACCGCCUGACACAGAAAAGCCACAAUAUAUAACAUACCAGCUCUAGCUGAGGAUAACGCGCGGAGAGAGCGUCACCUCUCUGCGCCAAUCCAUACCUCCACGAGCAGCUCCCGCGCAGCUCGAUGCAGCACCGGUACAUGGCCGUCGUCACGUCCCGCCCCUGCCUCUCCCACCACCACGAGUGCGGCCAGGCGAGCGAGCAGCGCUGCGGGCAUCUUGGUCAUGUGCAGGAGGUGAGGCACGAAGGCGACCGCCAGAAGCUGGGUGGACAGCGGCAGCCCCACCACGACUGGCGGCGACGAGUUCGAGCCCACCAGAAAGGGCACCUGAUGGAUGGAUGGAUGGAUGGACAAGCAUACACACGGUGGGUGGUCGGUGUUGAAUCGCACUAUCCGCUCACCGAUGCAACGAGCAGCCGCGUCCGCAGCUGCUGGGCACUCGCCCUGACGGACGGACAGGCAGGCAGACAGAUCCACACAUACACAACACAACACACAUGCAGCCCGGUUGCGUCGCCACCCCACCAACCAACCAGCCACCCACCAGCCACCCACCUACCUUGUUUCUGUGGUGUCUCUGCACAUGUGCAGCACCAGUGCGAGCAGCAACUCCGACAGGGGCGGGUUGGUAUCCUUGAGGUAGAAGAGCAGCUUGGGCCACAGCUCCGGCCACCUGUGCCGGGACACCAAACCACCACCGCCGCCACAACCAGAGCCGUCUCGAGAGACCAGCGGCAGUGGGGGGCCUCUGCACGCCCCUGGACACAGCUGCAUCAGCUCGGGGGGCACCGACACGGGCAGCUGCCGAAAGUCCACUGCACACACAAAGGACAGGCGAGAGAGAAAUGGACAGAUGGAUCAACGGAUGGAUGGGUGGGUGCUUGCUGUAGUUGGUUGGGUACAUACCUCCCUGCAGGGCUGCAGUGAGGAGGAGACACCCUACCGAGGACUGCCAGAUGACAAACCCCCUCCCUGUCGGCUCACUCUUCUCGUCAACCGUCGCCUCGUCGCGCCUCUGCCUCUUGUCGGCCGGCCCGUCGGCCAGCCCGCCGGCCACGCCAUCAGAACGUCUCUUCUUGGACGAGUUGCGGCGGUCCUGGGUGAGCUCGCGGCUCAGCUUAGUGAAGACCGACGGACGGCUUCCGACGUCGUCUGCGUCGGUGCGAGUGUCUUCGUUGGGCCGGUGGGCUUGGUCACCAUCAGGCCUCUGUGCGCUGGUAUCCUGUUCUUCCUGUUGCGAAGCAGGCCAGUAGAGGCGGUGCACGACUCUCUCGAAGUGCGUGCGCAGGUGGGCCAGCAGCUGGGGCAGCUGAUGGUGUUGCUGCUCGGUGGCGGCCUUGGUCCUGCUCUUUGCUGGCGCGUCGACCGUGUCGGUGUGACUGUGUGGAUGAGGGAGAGGGAGAGUGGUGGUGAUGGCCUCGGGCAGCCGUCGGUAGAGCAGGCAGUAGAUGCUGCCUGUCAACACAUACACCUGCUGAAGCCGGGCGGAUAUGCCAUAGCUACUGCUGAUGGUGCUGCUGGUGUGUGGCGAGUCGGUCGCUGUGGCUGUCGGCCGUUGCGUCUUGAGGAAGGGGCCGCCCUUGUGUGUGUCUGCCCGCAGCUCGAGGUGCUCCAGCACCCUCCGCACAUACUUGAGCAGCUUGUGCACCCGCUGCUGCGAUACUGUUGGUUCAACAGGGCAACAAACAUAGUAUCACGACAGCAGCCGAGCCGUAAGCCAUCCGCUACCCCGUUUCUCUCACCCUGGUCCUCCCUCUGUCGCAGGACGGUGCUGGUGCUGCUGCUGCUGCUGCCUGUGGCGGCUGCUGUGUGUUGUGUGAGAGCGGCAUCGGUGACCUGGAGCACCAGCUGGGCCAGCCGAGUGUUGCUGGACUCUAUCGCCUGCUGGUACACCUGAUAGACGCACCCAUGACGCACCAUGCACACACGGAUGCGAUGCGCACCAGGGUGACCUGGCCUGUGUGUGGUGUUGAAUACGUACCUCCCUGUUGACGCCUGGGGGCGUGACGCGGCUGAGAGGGAAGAGGGCGAAGAUCUGACUCGUCAGGUCAUCCACAACCUGCAGAAACACAUGCAGUGCACCGCACCGUCAUUCACCCUUUGGUUGGUGGAUGGGUCUGGGUGCGUGUGUGCCUGCCUGCCGGCCUGCCUGCCGGCCGGCCUGCCUGCCUGUCUGUCUGUCUGUCCAACCGCUGCAUCGACGGGUGCGGCGCGGCGAGUGGCGCACAGCUCGGUGAGAAGCAGCAUCACGUCCAAACUCCUGAACAUACACAGAGACAGACAGACAGACAAACACGGACACCGUAGACAUCAUGCUGCUUGGUGAUUCACCCACCCAUUCACCCACCGACGCACUUGAGCUGUCGCUGCAGCCUCUGCAAGACCUCCUCAGACACUUUGGACCUCUUGGCGCCCCCGACCUGAUGCACAUGCCAUUCGGGGACACAUAUGGUGUGGGUGUGCUGCGGGCCGGCUGGCCGGCUGCCCUGCUGGCUGGCUAUCCAUGUGGGUACCGCGGCUUCGGCGAGGGUGGCGGCGGACGGCUGCUGCUCCAGCCAGAGGUGCACCAGCUGACGCAGCAGACGGUUGUAAUCUGAUGCCGGUGGGCCGCCCUGACACACAGACACAAACAGAUACACAGACAAAUAUACAGACAGACGCAGGCCACAACGGAUCUCUCAUUCUCACGGGGUGUGUCUGCCAUGAGCCCACCUGUUUGUGUGUCGUCAGUGUUGACACAGACCCCCCGAUGCGCCACGACUCGCUGAUAACGUCUUGCAGCGACAGUUGCGCAACAUCCCCCUCUCGCUGAUGAUCAGGCUCACCAGCAGUCGGUCCACGGUUGUCCAGUUGCUGUUCCAGCACCCUGCACACAACAUGCCAUCUUUUUCCACCCAAUCACGGCCUUGUGCCACCCUCCCUCCCUCCCUCCCCCAGUAACCAACCUGUGUAGGCAUGCUAGUACGGUGUGCGUCCGAGCAGAGCCCUCGAGAAGGCCGCAGAGGAGCGCGGGCAGCUCGUGCAGCAGACCACGGAUGAGUGCCGGGCGGUGCCUGACGUACAGCUCCAGGAUCUCACUGCCCUCCUCACGGAUGUCACGACGCACGUGCGUCAGGCAACUGCACCAACACCACAGAUGAGCCUACACAUACCUGCCUGCCUGCCUCACGCACCGCAUUUGGUCACUCACUGACCUCUUGAGGUAGGCCGACAGCAGGUUGCCGUACGCCGACAAGUCUGCUGCAGCUGCUGCUGUCGCCGGUGCGACCACCUCUCCCUCUCCCUCUCCCUCUGUGUGAGUGAGGACGCCCUCCAGAAAGAGUCUGUAGUUCCGCCGCACCGUGGCGUCCUCGUCGACCGCAGCACACGCGGUCUCCUGCAGGACCAUGCCCAGCCGGGAGCGGAGGGCGUGUGGGUACUUGGUCAGCAGCUCACGGAUGCCCUGGAUGGCAUUCCGACGAGUGGUGAAGUUGUGAUGACGAACCUACACACACACACACACACAGAGAGAGAGAGAGAGAGCACACACACAGGCGAGUGAAUGAACGAGUGGUCAUCCAUCGGCUUUGCUGGCUGACCUGUGCGAUGAGGUCUUGCAGGUUCUGCUGCCUGGCGGUGGUCUCGUCGCCCUUGUCGAGGAGGACCGACUGAGUAGGGACGGCGAUGGGCUUGGCCUUGACGGCCGUCUGCAGCUCGUUGUGCGGCCGCACCUUCCGCUUGCCCACCUUCUGCCUCACCUUCUCGAAGUCCUUGGGGUGGGCCGACUGCUGCUUUUGCUUCUUCUUGCUCCCGCCCUUCGGAGCCUUCAUCCUCACACAGCGAGAUGUAUUGAGUCCGCUCAAGUGCCCUACGGCGGUAUUAGCUCGCAGGCCUCCGCGAGAGUGAGCACCAGCACGGCGAUGACAUCACUGAAGAAUCCAUCGAAGAUAAGAUAGAAAGACCCCGGCUGUCCUGACGGGGACAAAGCAGUGCAUUCUUGUGAGAUCUCGCUGCUGCUGCCAACACCUGUGCUGCACACUGCGUGCAUACCUUCCUGACGAGCAGCCUUCGUGAGAGCGGUCCUCC